CUAGUAAUAAUUAAAAAAAAGAAAAAAAGAAAAAAGAGUAGCGUUUUUGAGUGUGAGACCUGAGACAGAAGGCACGACUCACGAGUGUGAGCAAAGCAAAGAGGGAAGAAGUGGGUAAGGGCUCUUCGAAAGCUUUCCGAAGAGUGAUGAAACGGUUUUUCCAAGUAGUAGAGAAAAACCCAGAGAAAGCUUUGAAGAAAGCCAAAGAGAAUGAUGAAAAACAAGAUGAAAACGAAAACGAAAACGAAACCAACAAGGAAGAACCAUUGAAGUUCGUAACCUGGAACGCCAACAGCUUAUUCCUUCGCGUGAAGAACAACUGGUCCGAAUUCUCCAACUUCAUCACCACCUUCGAUCCCGACGUCAUCGCCGUUCAAGAAGUUCGAAUGCCCGCCGCUGCUUCCCGUUCCCAAUCCAAGUCCGCUCCCAAAAAUCAAGGUGAAAUUAAAGAUGAUACUAACUCCGCCAGGGAAGAAAAAAGGGUAUUGAUGCGUGCACUUUCGAACCCUCCGUUUGGGAACUAUCGUGUUUGGUGGUCUCUUGCAGAUUCAAAGUAUGCGGGGACAGCGUUAUUUGUAAAAAAAUGUUUCAAGCCUAAAAGUGUUGUUUUCAAUCUUGAUAAAAUAGCUUCAAAGCAUGAACCAGAUGGCCGAGUAAUCUUAGUUGAAUUUGAAACAUUCCGUUUAUUGAAUACAUAUGUACCAAAUAAUGGGUGGAAAGAGGAGCCAAACUCAUUUCAAAGGAGAAGAAAAUGGGACAACAGAAUCCUGGAAUUUGUUCACCAAAAUUCUGACAAGCCUUUGAUAUGGUGUGGGGAUCUAAAUGUCAGCCAUGAAGAGAUCGAUGUGAGUCAUCCAGAGUUUUUCAGUACAGCAAAACAAAAUGGUUAUGUUCCUCCAAAUAAAGAGGAUUGCGGGCAGCCUGGAUUUACCUUGGCUGAAAGAGCACGAUUUGGUACCAUCCUAAGAGAGGGAAAGUUGGUAGAUGCCUACAGAUUUCUGCACAAGAAUAAGGACAUGGAGCAGGGCUUCUCAUGGUCUGGAAACCCGAUUGGGAGGUACCGUGGAAAACGGAUGAGAAUAGACUAUUUUUUAGUUUCAGAAAAACUUGAAGAAAAGAUUGUUGCUUGUGAAAUGCGAGGACAAGGGAUAGAGUUAAAAGGUUUCUACGGAAGUGAUCAUUGUCCAGUUACCUUAGAGCUCUCUCCUAGUUCCAAUUCUCAAAAUGAGGAUCCAGUAUAAGUACUAUUAUUAGCUGUUUAUGUUAGAAAGUCGCCGUCAAUUGUCAUCAUUUUAUUUCUCUUUUGUCUAGAUGCUUCCUGUUUCGUAUAUGAGAACUAGGAAACUAUUUCUUGCUGUGUAUCUCUCAUUCUCUUGCAUGAGCUAGCUGCAUAUAUGCUUGCAGAAAUGGUGGUUGUUAUAGGGAUUUUCCCAUGAACUGGAAAUAUUUUUUGGGCAGUACAUACUACUGCCUUUAAAAUCAUCAAGAUGCCUGACAUUUAUGCUUAGUUUUCUCGCCUGCACUUUUAUUUUUUAUGCCUAGAUCUGAUGGCACUGCCUCCAACACUAGCAUUAAUUUCAUUGCAGUAAAUAACAUAAAGAAAAUAAAAUAAACACUCGGAGUCAUCGAUUCCAUCUUUAUGCCAACUGAAAUGAUGGGGGUUUUUGUUUGCUAAUUCAGAGGGUAGGAAAAGGGAAGGCUUUUAAAAGCAAAAUUUCAAAAAAAAUUAUAGAAAAAUAUUUAAUAUUUUUUGAAAAAAUUAUUUUACUUACUUCCUCCGUCCCACAAUGAGUGACCCAGCCAACCAUUUCACACAUAUUAAGAAAAGUGUAAAAAAGUAAGAGAGAGAAUAAUAUUUUUACUAUAGUACCACUAAUCAUGUAUUGGAAAUUGUGAAAGUUUAAUUAAUUAGAGGGUAGAAUAGGAAAAAAUUUAUUGAAAAUUGAAAUGAGUCAUUUAUUUUGGGACACUAAAUUAUUCUAAAUAGGUCCUUUAUUAUGGGACGGAGGGAGUAGAAUGAUAAAAG